CGCCCGGCCGAUGUUUUCAUUUUUGGUAGAGAUGAGGCCUCCCUCUGUAGCCAGGCUGACUGCUCCCGGCCUGAGUGCCGUGCUCCUGCUGAGCGGUUUUGUGCCCACUCCCUUCUCAUCCCCUCCCGCCCUUGCUAACUCACAGCGUCGCAACAGUCAUGAGUCCCCACCUGCAGAAAGGAAGCUCCUGCAGCCCCCCACAACCCCCAGGGCAGCCUUUCUCAGGGAAUUUUCAAGACUCCUGCGGGAGGGGCUGCCAUUCUGCGCCUUCAUUGAGCCUACAGGCAACUGGGACGUUUGAGUCCCCUAGGGCAGCGACUGCCUUGGCAGCCUGAGGCAGAGCUUGGCCGGGCCUGGCGACCCCUGAGCUUGUGGGAGAUGGACAUGGCCAGCACCGCCUUCAGGGUCCUGCCCAGGGCACAGUCCCUUCAGGCCGGGGAUCCCGGGGAGGCGUCCUUCCCCUCGGCCAGGGUCAUCGUUUUGCUCCCUCCCGGGAGUCUGGGGUUGGAGUCUGGUCUUAGCCGGUGGCAACUGACGUGGCCUGACCACCAGGCCCGUCCAGGUCCACGGGUGAGGGGCCGCGGUGGGGGUGCCCCCAGCCCAGCAGGCAGCCCUGGACAGUGACCCUGGAGCAGGAACCAGGGCUGUGCUGGGCACUGACUGGGCCCUGGUACCGAGGAGUCACCCUCCCCGGGGUCUUCCUGGGCCUGGGGCCGCCUGGGUCCGCUCCGGCGCCUGGGGAGGGGUCUGCGGCUUCGGAAACUCGCGGGUCCCCCCUUCCCCCACCUGAAAGGGGCCCUUCAGCGCCGCACGCUUCCUCCCCCACACUCCGGUUGAGGAGCAAGGAGAGAAAAGAGUGUCUUUCUCUCUUGCUCAAAGCUGCGUGUGUGCAACGCGCCAGUCCCAGGAUAAUUUUAACUCGCGGCCGGAGAGAAGGCGCCGCCCGCCUGGCGUCUUUUUUUUUUUUUUUUUUACCCUGGCGGGCUGGGCGGCGGCGCGGGGCGGGUAGAAGCUCCCCCGCCCAGGUGGGCCCGGCUGAAUGGGGGGCUUGUGCAGGCGGGGGCGGGAAGGGGAAGGGGAAGGGGCCGCCCACCUCCCGCCCCGCCCGCCCGCCCGCGCGCUGCCAGCCCCGACGCCGCCGCCGCAGCUCAGACUCCGCUCAGCCAUGGCCCGGCCGCCCGCGUUCGCCCGGCUCCUGCUCCUGCUCCUGCUCGGGGAGCUCCUGGCGGUCGCCGGGGCGCAGAAAGUGGGAUUCCCAGGCCCCCCCGGCCCCCCAGGGCCGCCCGGGAAGCCCGGCCAGGACGGCAUUGACGGAGAAGCUGGUCCUCCAGGUCUGCCUGGGCCCCCGGGACCAAAGGGGGCCCCAGGAAAGCCGGGGAAACCAGGAGAGGCCGGGCUGCCGGGACUGCCGGGUGUGGAUGGUCUGACUGGGCGAGAUGGACCCCCUGGACCCAAGGGUGCCCCUGGGGAACGGGGAAGUCUGGGGCCCCCGGGGCUGCCCGGGCUGGGGGGCAAAGGCCUCCCUGGACCCCCCGGAGAGGCAGGAGUGAGCGGCCCCCCAGGUGGGAUUGGCCUCCGCGGCCCCCCGGGACCUUUUGGACUCCCCGGCCUCCCUGGCCCCCCAGGACCUCCCGGACCCCCUGGACACCCAGGAGUCCUCCCUGAAGGCGCUACUGACCUUCAGUGCCCAAGUAUCUGCCCACCAGGUCCCCCAGGGCCCCCUGGAAUGCCAGGGUUCAAGGGACCCACUGGCUACAAAGGCGAGCAGGGAGAAGUCGGCAAGGACGGCGAGAAGGGUGACCCUGGUCCCCCUGGGCCCACCGGCCUCCCGGGCAGCGUGGGGCUACAGGGCCCCCGGGGAUUACCAGGACUGCCAGGGCCACUCGGGCCCCCUGGGGACCGGGGUCCCAUCGGGUUCCGAGGGCCACCUGGGAUCCCAGGAGCACCUGGGAAAGCGGGUGACCGAGGCGAGAGGGGCCCAGAAGGGUUCCGCGGCCCCAAGGGUGACCUCGGCAGACCUGGUCUCAAGGGAACCCCCGGAGUGGCCGGGCCAAGCGGAGAGCCGGGCAUGCCGGGCAAGGACGGCCAGAAUGGCGUGCCGGGACUCGAUGGCCAGAAGGGAGAGGCUGGUCGCAACGGUGCUCCGGGAGAAAAGGGCCCCAACGGGCUGCCAGGCCUCCCCGGACGAGCGGGGUCCAAAGGCGAGAAGGGAGAACGGGGCAGAGCUGGGGAGCUGGGUGAGGCUGGCCCCUCGGGAGAGCCAGGCGUCCCUGGAGAUGCUGGCAUGCCUGGGGAGCGCGGUGAGGCUGGCCAUCGGGGCUCAGCGGGGGCCCUCGGCCCACAAGGCCCUCCUGGAGCCCCUGGCAUCCGAGGCUUCCAGGGUCGGAAGGGCAGCAUGGGAGACCCUGGCCUUCCAGGCCCCCAGGGCCUCCGAGGUGACGUGGGCGACCGGGGUCCGGGAGGUGCCGCAGGCCCUAAGGGAGACCAGGGUAUUGCAGGUUCCGACGGUCUUCCUGGGGAUAAAGGAGAACUGGGUCCCAGCGGCCCAGUCGGACCCAAAGGAGAGUCUGGCAGUCGAGGGGAGCUGGGUCCCAAAGGCACCCAAGGUCCCAACGGCACCGGCGGUGUUCAGGGUGUCCCCGGGCCCCCCGGUCCUCUGGGCCUGCAGGGCGUCCAGGGUGUUCCUGGCAUCACGGGGAAGCCGGGAGUUCCGGGGAAGGAGGCCAGCGAGCAGCGCAUUAGGGAGCUGUGUGGGGAGAUGAUCAGCGAACAAAUUGCACAGUUAGCCGCGCACCUAAGGAAGCCUUUGGCACCCGGGUCCAUUGGCCGGCCCGGUCCAGCCGGCCCCCCUGGGCCCCCAGGACCCCCAGGCUCCAUUGGCCACCCUGGCGCUCGAGGACUCCCCGGAUACCGCGGUCCCACUGGGGAGCUGGGAGACCCCGGGCCCAGAGGAAACCAAGGUGACAGAGGAGACAAAGGCGCGGCAGGAGCAGGGCUGGACGGGCCUGAAGGAGACCAGGGGCCCCAAGGACCCCAAGGCGUGCCCGGCACCAGCAAGGACGGCCAGGACGGUGCUCCUGGUGAGCCUGGGCCUCCCGGAGAUCCUGGGCUUCCAGGUGCCAUUGGGGCCCAGGGGACGCCGGGGAUCUGCGACACCUCAGCCUGCCAAGGAGCCGUGUUAAGAGGGGUCGGGGAAAAAUCAGGCUCUAGAAGCUCAUAAAAUUCAACGUGAGGAAGUAAGCAAGUGACAAGGACGCCUGAAGCGCGGUGGGGCGGUCAUGAAGGAGCGGGCGGUGUGGCAGGCUGGUGACGUCCAGGAGAGCGAGUGCCCCUGGCUGCCCCUCGGCCGCCGACUGGACACGGGGGCCCUGCCAGCGAGCACCCUCAUCGGGCUGUCGCCUGACAGCAUACCUCAAAAGGCCCUAGCUAAUAAACCUGUAAGCCCAGCAUUUGAGAGAAGGUAGGGUGUAUAUGUAAAAGGUUGUGUACAAUUCCACAAGAUGAAAAAUAUUCAGUAACUUGUUUACAUAGCAUUUGUGUAAAGACUGUGAUCUCAUCCCAAUAAAAUGAGAUGUUAAAUCUUCA